AUGCUGACGGACAUUAGCCCAAAAGAAGAAAGCACUGACUUGGAAUUGGAGCCGUCUAUCAGGGAUGGGAUUAUUCUACCGCCCAGGGGAGCAACUGCGGCACCUCCAUACCACGAUCACACCACCGUAGAGACCAAAGACAAAAGCAUGGGAAGAGCUGUGUGCAUGCUCUGCAACUGUCGACCCUCCCUCUACACUUGUCCACGGUGUAAUGUGCCUUACUGCAGUCUGUCCUGUUACAAGAGCAGUGAGCACUCUGUUUGUUCAGAGGAUUUUUAUAAAGAAGCUGUUCUGCAGGAGCUGAAAGAAAUGGGAAAAACUGAAGCAGAGGGGAAAAAGAAAAUGCAAGACAUUCUUUUAGGACUUCGAAAGAAGUCUCAAAAUGCAGACGGUGGCAUGGAGAGUCUGUUGAAAGAAGGGGUAUUGUCAGGGGAAUCCGAGCACGAAGACUCCAAGAUUAAUGUAGCGACUAUUGAACUGUUGUCAAGGCUUGCAGAAUUACAGGAGGCUGAUGAGGAAAAUGCAGAGGAGAUCGAGAAUAUUUUGAGAGAACUUCAGAAAAUUGGAACAGGGAACAAUGUUGACUUUGAGGAUGAUGAUGCCCCUGAUGAAGAAGAUGAAGGGACUGAUUUAGAAGAGAGUCUGCAACUUGCCACAGAGCGUCAAGAGGAGGCAAGUGCAGCUGUGCGAUCGAAGCAGGCCCAACAAUUUGACUGGGCUUUGGGCAAGUUGGACAGCUCUGUGAGAAGAACUGGUCGCAUCACUAAAACAUUGCUCCUCCGUAUCUUCCAUGACAUCUGCAGAAACGGAUAUCCCAGCGGCAAUCAAGCGUUGUUGUUACUUCGGAGCUGUGGAUCACUGUUGCCAGAGGUUCCACCAGCUGAUCGUACUGAACUGGCUCACCGCAUCUGGGAGAAGAUACAGGAGCUGGGCGCUCAGUAUGAUGUCAGUCAUUACAAUGCCUUGCUGAAGGUUUACUUGCAGAAUGAGUUUUCAUUUUCUCCAAUGGACUUUCUUGCCAAGAUGGAAGCAGAAAAGAUUCUUCCAAAUCGAGUUACCUACCAGAGACUUAUUGCUGCAUAUUGUCAAAAUGGUGAUAUUGAAGGAGCAAGCACAAUAUUGGGAUUCAUGAAGAACAAAGACCUGCCCAUAACAGAGGCAGUCUUUAAUUCUCUAGUCACAGGCCAUGCCCGUGCAGGUGACAUUGAGAGUGCCAAAAACAUCCUAGCAGUUAUGCGAAAUGCUGGAAUUGAACCAAGCCCUGAUACCUACGUUUCUCUGCUGAAUGCUUAUGCCGAAAGUGGAGACAUGGAGAAUGUGAAAGCGACAUUGGAGGCUGCAGAAAAUGCAGAUUGCAGUUUGAUGGACAGAGACCUCAUGCAAGUUAUCUUCACAUUAGCAAAAGCUGGACACCAUGAACACACCCCGGAAAUGGUAGAGCGCAUGAGACACGAAAGAGGCUACAUCCCAGAUGCUAUGAAUUUGUGUUUGAGUCUUAUUACUCAUGGCUAUGAAGACAUUUCCUUUCACAUCCUGAAAAGCUUCCCCACAUUGCAAAUUGACAAUGUUAGCCCAGACUCUGUAAACCUUGGCAACUUCUUCAUUAGACAUUGUGUCGCUAUGGAAACGUCUAUAGAAAAGAUUGGGCAGUACUGCAAAGGACUCCAGGAGGCAAACCUACACACGUCACCUCUUGUAUUUGCUUUAUCUUGUGCUCUGGAAGCCAAGAAAACAGUCAUGUCUAUUGAGCUGAUGAAGAUGUUGAUCGACCAAAAAAUGCCAGUUAGACCUCACUUCUUCUGGCCGCUCCUCACUGCACAUGUCGCAGACAGAAACACAACUGCUAUUGUGGAGAUUGUGAAGGCCAUGCAAGAUCUCGGUGUGGCCCCAGAUGUAGACACACUUUCCACCUAUGUUCUUCCUGCCUUCCCAAGCUCACAGGAAGCCCGACAGGCGCUUAUGGAUGCCGGCAUUUCACUGGAGUCUGAGGGAUUUUUGUCUUCAGAAGUUCGCUCUCUGGCCAUCAAAGACCUUGCCAGCUUGUACAAUUUGUUAACGGAGGUCUCCUUUCCCACACCUGAACUGAUAUCAUUUCGCGGCAGCUUUAUCAUGGGAUUCAGAAAGUCAUCUGAUGUAGAAAGCAUGGUCAAGAUUACAGAGUUGUUGUUCCGAAGCGAGAGCCUCUCUGGGGAAAAUGUCAAGUCUGCCGAAGUGGGCGGCUUCUUUUUGUAUAACCUGAUUGAAAACAUGCCAGAGAAGGAGGUGCAGGCACAAGAAGACAAACUGAGGAAAUACUUCAGUCGGCUCCGUGAACAGAAUAUUACAAUUACAGCAAAUAUCUACAGAGGCAUCAGGAAUCUACUAGAAGCUCGGCAUGUUCCAGAACUUAUCAAAGAUGUGGUUUCCUUGGUAGAGCCGAAAGAAAGGGUGUCCAUUGGACAAGCUGUUCCCCGUGUCGCUCAGGAAGGUGAGAAUAAGCUGUUGAUGUUGGAGAAGAAACUAGAAGAACUGAAGUCUGAGAACAAACCUUUGGGUUCUGUAUUGAAGCAGAUCUUGCAGGCUCUCUCAGUGGAAGAGAAUCUCCAGCGUGCUCUUGAACUAAAGCAGCAACACGAGCAGGACAUGAACAUUGCAGCAUACGCCAUUCUCAUCAACCUGUGCUGCCGACACGACAAUGUAGAGGAAGCGCUUGGCCUGAAGAGGGAAAUGAGCCGUAUGGACUCAUCUGUGGCUCUUGAUGCAAAUAAAUACAUCGCACUGGUAAAGACACUCUCCAAGAAUGGCAAAGUGGAAGAGGCAGUAGACAUCCUAAAGGAAAUGAAGGAGAAAGAUGUUUUGUUGGGCGACAGUCACCUCACCAUGCUCUUCCACACACUGAACUCUGUAGCAGCCAAAGGCGGUGUAGAUGCCAUUCGACGCCUCCAAGACACGAUCUUCACGCUGGGACUGGCCAAGCCCACAGCCAACUUGUGCUCUCCACUUGUUACAGCCUACCUGGACAGUAAUGACCUCUCCGGGGCCCUGGACGUGGCGAUGGAGUGCCAGCAGCGCUACAAACAUCUUCCUCGAAUUCAUGACAUUAUUGUGGGCCUGGUGCAGCAGGGUGACACUGAACUGCUGCAGAAAGCGAUGGACUUUGUGAGCCAGGAGCGUGGAGAGAUGACCAUGCUGUAUGAUCUUUUCUUUGCCUUUUUGCAAACUGGACGCUACCGUGAGGCUCGUAAAAUCAUUGAGACUCCUGGCUUGAGAGCGAAAUCUGGACGUCUGCAGUGGUAUGCUGAGAAAUGCAUUUCUUCAAACCAGAUUGAAGCCUUGGAGCAAAUGGUAGAAAUUACAUCAAAGCUGUUUGAGUGUGACCGAGAUGAAAUGUACAACUACGUCCUUCGACUCUGCAAGGACACAAAUGACUGGCAGAAAGCAGAAUCCAUCUGGACAAAGAUGCAGGAAGAAAAUGUGAUUCCAAGAGAAAGGACCUUGCAUUUGUUAGCGGACAUCUUGAAGACUAAUGGCCAGGAGGUCCCUUUUGAGGUGCCCCAGACUUGGUAUGAAAGCUCUGCCACCCAGAAGACCAAACCAACAGCCACAGUCUCAAAUUCAACUGAUUUGAACUCUAACCUUAAUGUGAAACUGCUCACUCUGUGCAAAAGGGGCAAAACUAAAGAGGCAUAUGAGCUGCUGAAAGAGGCCAACAGAAGUGGACUUUCACUUGGUCCUGCUUCUUAUGAUCAACUGAUUCGCGCACUGCUGGCUGAGGGAGCAAUAAAGGACGCCAUGGAAGUGAAAGACCUUGCGACGUCUCACAUUCAUUCUUUUAAAUUGAGUGACAUCGCAACAAAUCUGCUCAUAAUUACUCAAAGCAAGAAAGGACAAGUGGAAGAUGCACUUCUGAGUCUUAAGUCCAUGCUCCAGGCCGACUAUGUGCCAUCGAGCCUGGCUGUCACCAGACUGUUGCAGGCCUUUGGCAGCCAGGGCAGGUUGGACGGCAUCAAAGAGGUGGAGCGCAUCAUGAAGGGGCUGAAUACCCCCCUGAACCUGUCCAGCAUGGUGUUCAUCAACAACAGUGCACUGGCACAUAUCCACAACGGUGACCUGGAAUCAGCUGCGGAAAUUAUGGAUUCCGUUUACCAAAGUCCAGACAGUGCUUCGGUCAGUAUGUCUUUUGUCUUCAGAAAAGUCUUAGAAGAUGGCAAUGACGCGGCCUUUGACAAAUUGAGUGCCACGGCUGAGCGGCUGGCCAAUCACUUUGCCUGCUACAGACCUGCUUCAGAUAUUUUUAUUCAGCUUCUGGACAUGGACAAAGUAGAGGACGCCAAGUUCAUGCUGGCUCGCUGUAAUGCAGUGGCUGAACAGAAGGACCUCCUGGUGUCGUAUCUCUCCAGAAAGGCUCAAUCUCCUGGACAGCUGGGAAAGAUCAAGGCUCUGAUGACCCUUAUUCCAGACUUCACAGAGAAGAAAGUGCUGUAUCCGUACCUGAUGAAAAUCCAUGUUGUGGAUAAGGAUUUGGAAUCAGCAAAAGCUCUGCACGAGCAGAUGCAACAGGAGGGAGUGGAGGUGGAUGAGCUGUCACUCAAACGGUUGGCAUCGCUGUACCGAGAAGUUGGAGAAACUUGUCCUUUCUCUGAGCCCCCUGAAUCGUUCAAGUUUUAUGCGGACAAGUUGAGGGAGAAGCAUUCCAAAUCCCAGACGACAGAAUAA